AUGGCCGAUCUGCAACCAACCACUCCGAUCGAACGGCCAGGGACGUCGGCACGAAACCUCUCUACUGGACCCGGAAACCCGAUGACGCCAAUGAGAGGGAAUGGAUCUGAAGGAUCUGGUCCUCCCCAACGUGGGCCUCACCCACCGGGGCCGCCGCCACCAGGACUUGUUCAACAAGACCUGAAGCCCGACGACGCCUUCGCCAUGCUGAAUCGCGCCGAGACCUUUCCCCGGUCAAGCCAUACUCCAGAACCCCCACACCGGACACCAUCCGCACCUGGAUUCCGCCCCGAACGACCCCGACGACCGUCUGAAGCAGCUAGAGAUGCCGCAAGGGGCCCGGUAUCAGGGCCGAUGCCAGGCCCGAGGCCAGGCGCGAUGCCAGGUCCGAUCUCAAUGACGAACGAUCAUAUGAGAAGGCCGAGUAGAGGCCCAGACACAUCCCGUCCUCCACCACCACGGACCGGCCUCGUUCGGGCGAGAACUACAGGGCCAGAUGGAGCCCCUGCCGUACCAGCCAUCAAUCUCGCAGAGGAAUUCGGAGUAGGAAAUCCAUAUCAUACACCAUCCGAAUCCGUUUCAUCCAAUGAAUCGAGCCAGGCUUCAUUCAAUGGUUCAACCCAGGACACUACUACCUUGGAGCGCCGACCUAGUCAAGCAAGUCAGGCUAGCUCAAGGACGAGCCCACCCCGAUCUGUGGCAUCCAGUGGGAGGAAAGGAUCAGACACGCCCACAUUUGACAGCUCUGUAACAGACCUACAGUCUAUCGUGGACGAGGAUGGAGGUAAACUGACGCGGACACCCUCUACGCAAUCAGUUCCUUAUGAUGGUGGUAUUCCUCAAAUGCUCCGGAAGCUGAGACCACCACCCCUUAGCAAAAGGCCACCACCUCCAGAAGGCGGAUAUGAUCCACGAAUUGACCCACGCUUGCAGCGGAAUAAGUCACCCUUGGCUUCGCCUGCUCUUGAUCUUUCAGGUCUCGACGACCCAAUGAUUCGCCAAUUUGAUCGCGGAGUCUCUCCACAGCCCGGGCCAUCUGCAUCUCCGCUGCUAGCCUCGGCAACAAUCGAGAGAAAGGAUCGAUCAUCAACUGCAACCGCGAAUAGCCAACAAGAACGCCCAGCGUCUCAAUCGUCUCAGCGCCCUGCAGAGCGGAGCAGUCGCCAGUCCUUGUCCGCACUGGAGAUACAACAACAGGAGCCGCCACAGCCAGACUCUCCUUUGUCUCCGGCAGAGGAGCAACAAAUGCCUCAAAUAAAAGCUCAAGCUAAAGAGCGACAGCCCUCUCAACCACCGCAACCCGCCGAAUCGCCAGCUGCAAAGGUCGCUGAAGAGCAACAGGAACCGAAGACACAAACAAGCCCACGGGCUCCAGGACCGGACGAAUGGCAGCGUAGGAGUAGCGAUGGAACCGCAAGGCCGGAUCAAGAACGGGAGCCGGCGCCCUCGCAGCCUCGACAGGCUCCUCCAGCUACCUCAUCUCGUGGCGACUGCAAAGGCUGCAACCUGCCCAUCACAGGUAAAUCCAUUUCCAGCGCGGAUGGCCGUCUAACGGGACGUUAUCACAAGGCCUGUUUCGUGUGCUCGACAUGUCGCCAGCCCUUCUCCUCAGCCACCUUUUAUGUCCACCAGGAUCGACCGUACUGCGAGCGCCAUUACCACGAGCUCAACGGAAGUCUCUGCGGAAGCUGCGACAACGGUAUCGAAGGCCAAUACCUCGAAGACGAACGGCGCAGGAAGCACCACGUCGGUUGCUUCCGGUGUGGCGAUUGCAAGCUCGUGCUGAAGGACGGCUAUUUCGAGGUCAACGGAAAGGCCUAUUGCGAAAAGGACGCUUGGAGGAGGAUGCAGUGGCUCGCUAGUAACGGCGGUGGGGGCCCGGGUCGGAAACCUCCUCCGCCCGGACCCCGGUUCGGACAUCCUGGAGCAGGGGGGCCACCACGGACCGGUCCUAUGGGACCGAUGGGACCUGGUAUGGGCCGCCCCGGUAUGGGUCCGGGCGCACAUGACCUGCCGCCGCCGGGUAUGCCGCGCAUGGAGAAGCGUAUGACGAGACUUGGCAUGAUUUGA